AUGGGAAACGCUGUCCAGAGUCCGCGCGGCAGACACUACGGCUAUUCCAGCAUGCAGAGUGCAGGAGGCCUCGACUUGCCCCUGAACAUCCGCAAACCGCCUAUGUGCUGCGGAGGCGACAAACAUUCCGGGGCUCCUGAUCACGGAUACAGCGUCAUGUGCUGCCAAUCCAAUGGCAGACAAGUGGAGCAGUUUAAAUCCAGGGAGGAUGCGCUUACAGCGGCGCGCUACUACCGCGAGCGAAACUUCGAUUUGGCGCUGCACGCUUACAGCGCGGCGUUGGAUUUCGCAGCUCCGGGCGCCGCCUCCGGCGAGAGGGGCGACGCACAAACCUCCGAGGUUCUGGAGCUCAUGGGGCUGCCCAGGCGCGGGAAAAAUAUGAGCCUCAAGCUUCAGUCGUCCAUGGGAUGCUGCGAUGAUUGCAAUCGCGAUUCGUCUGUCGCUCAAGGCGACGCCAGCAGCAGUGCCUCGACGACGCUUUCUCAGGGAGGAGGUAGCAGCUCGCGUCUUCAGUCCGACGAUUUGCGGGAAAUUUCCCUGGACGAUUCAUCCCAGCGGGAGAAGUCCAAUCCCUGUGAGCACCUGCGGCUGCAAGCGGGCCUUGAGGCCGGCAGAUUCUUCGCGCGAAGCUCCAGCUCGCUCGCGUUGCAGGGCGCAGAAGAUCCCGCGGGCAUCAAGGCAUCCAACCUCUUGAGCGCGAAAAUCUGCGACGAAAUCGCACAAAUGUAUCUGACUCGCGGCGAGAAGGAAGAAGCCCUCCGGUAUUACAGCAGGGCCGUCUGCCUAGCGCCCGAGGCAGUCGUUUUCAUCUACAGACGCGGCGUUGUGCUCCAGCUCCUGGGUCGCGAAAAGGCUGCCAUCGAGGCGUUCAGACGCGCACUGGGCGUCAAUCCGAAUUACAAGGCAGCCCUUUUCAACCUGGGCACGUGCCUUAUGCGUCGCGACGACGGCCGCGACGAGGCCCUGAACAUUUUCCAGCGGCUCGCCGCCCUCGAACCCGCUGAUGAUCAGGUCUUGUCGCUUGUCGCCCACUGCUAUGAAAUGGACGGUCGGUACGAGGAAGCCCUGGCGUACAGACAGCGAGUUGUGCAACUCGAUCCGCAGAACUUCCGCGCAAACCGUGAGCUGAAGCAGCUGGAGCAGCAAAUGUCGAAGGAGGGCGACCAGCUCGGCGCGGCCAGACUGCGGAGAGCGGGAACGGUCAUGUGA